CCCUCCCCCAAUUCUACCUCUUUUAGCCUCAUUUGAACCUUUAACCUUUUUCUGCCUCUUUCUCUCUCUAGUUUGACUUUGUAGUGCGUCAUCACGGGUUUUUGUCUUUUCCACUCAGAAGACCCUUAGCAGCAACUUAUUUCUGCUUUGGCUUGCUCACCAACUUUUUUUCUUCUUUUCUCGAAUCGCCCGCUACCAAAGAGAAAGAUUACGCUCGCUAUUCUACCCGCCCCGCGCCGCCUUAGCUGGCUGCUGCUAAUUCAUCGCCACAACCCCCUUGACGAAAAGAUCGCGUCUUCGUCAUGCCGGCGCUGUUGCGGCGACGGUCGCUGCCGACAGUCGUGUUGCUAUGCAUUGUCUCUCUCGUAGCCUUCCUGCUAAUUCGCAGCCCCGACCGAAGAAAACAAUACGAUCUCCCUUAUGGCUACGGCUCCUUGAUAUCAGACUACAAUGGUCUCUACCGUGUAAAUCCCUGCCCGCAAGAUCUCGAUUACCUCCGACGCCCCAAAUAUGACUUUACUCGCCAGCUUCGAUUCCAGCGCAUCUGCGUGUUUGCUACUAUCUCGGACGAUGUCGACCGAUCCGAGGUGGUCAAUAUUACUUCAGACCCGAUUGGCACCGGCAAGGUCCUUGACCUCAACAACAAAUGCGAAGUCAUUGACGCCCACGGCCGCGAUCUGCCCACCUGCGAGCAUACUAUAAACAUCAAAGUCAGCAAGCCGUAUCCUACUCGCGACUUCAAGGACGUGCUAUUUGUCGUUGCCACCUCGGCGGACCGUUUGCGCGAUUCGCUGGCAACCUUUUCACACUGGCUCGGCAACACCAAUGCCAAGCUAUUGUCCGUGACCCUCAACCUCAAGAACUUCUUCUUUGGCGACCAGGACAAGAGCCUUAUCGCGGAUUAUGCCAAGGCCGGCGUCAAGCUCCUUGUUUCGCCCCCAUAUGAUCCGUCCGUCGGCGUCGGCGCGCUGCACUUUACCAUGAUUCGAGAGGCGCUUCAAAACGCCGACGCAAACACCAAAUGGAUUGCCAUUCUGGACGACGAUACCUUUUUCCCCUCGCUCAACCCGAUACGCGACAUUUUGGAUAAACUGGAUCCGUCAGACAUGGUAUAUGCUGGCGCGGUCACGGAGAAUAAGGCGCACAUUGACCAGCUUGGCCACUUUGCCUUUGGAGGUGCUGGCAUCUUCAUCAGCCGGCCGUUGGCUGUGGCGCUGGAGCCGCAUAUCGAGGAAUGCUUCAAGAUUACACCUAUCCGCGAGGGUGACGGCCUGCUUAACGAGUGCAUCAAGGCCAUUACCAACACGACACUUACCAGCAUCAAGGGCAUGCACCAGCUCGACACAGCCGGCAACCUGGACGGCUUCUAUGAGUCGGGCGAGCUCCCACUCUCCCUACACCACUGGAAGUCGUGGCACCGGGCGCCUGUGGCGUCCAUGGCGGCAAUUAACAAGAAGUGUAGCGACUGCUUCCUGCAGCGCUGGCGACUGGGUGAAGAUGCCAUCUUCACCAACGGAUUCACGAUUGCGCUGUAUCGCGAUGGCACGGGCAACCUGGACUUGAGCAAGAUUGAGCCGACAUGGGAUGGCGCCGUGGAUCUGUUUAGCGAGUCCAUGGGCCCGUUCCGCGACCUUGUCCCAAGGGAGGACAAGAAGAGCUUCUAUAUCAUCGAUUCGGAGGAGCUUAGCAAGACGGAGUAUCGCCAGCUGUACAAGUUUUGGAAGGACGGCGAGGACGAGCUGGUGGAGAUGCUGUGGAAGUUUAUCUAGCAUGGCACUUUGUUCAUCUUUCGUUUCGAUCUGCCCCCGGCGUUUUUUUUUUUUACGAACCUCUGUUGUUCUUUCUUUCUUUGUUGGUUUCGGGUGUUCUGUUUUGGUCAGCUUUUCUUUUUGAGAGUGUGCUUCUAUUUUCAUGUAUACUCUGCACAACCCCCACCAGCAUAUCCAUGCGUAGUCCUCUAAACGAGGCUACGUAUAGCCUGUCCUUUCAAGGCAGCCUUGCAUUUUUGUGAUCUUUUUUGGCAUUUUUGAGCAAUCACGUUACGAUACCUCAUUGGCGUUUCUGGACGAUAUUUUCUUUUGGAGGAGAGAAGAAAAAUGGCUUUUGAUGCAAUGUAGUUACGGUCACCCACGGUACAUAUAAUACUUAAUAAUCUUUGGCUUCUCCUGUCAUAUCUUGGUUGCUUGUGCUUUUUUUGUCUGUUUACCAAUUACAUGUGUUGUAUACGCUACUUACACGCGUGAAUCGUCGCAUCUCCAUCUCUAGAUUGGUUUUCUCUCACUCUUUUUUCCAUGUUUGGAUUAGGAAAGCCGGCACCGGAGACGGAUGACAUCCACCCGCCCGCUCUCUCAGUCCCCUACCAGAUGCCCGCGCCCUUCCGGCAGAAACAGCCCGCCAGCAAGCAAACGCAGCCAGUGAACAUUCGACUAAUCAAUUUUUGGUGGCAUGCCGAGUGCGGUUUGUGGAUUUUAUGUUUUCUUUUAACCUUGCGCUACAAAGGCCGCCUUUUGUGCGGGGGCGC